AUGCAUAGACGCGCACUCAAGCUUGCGUCGCUCCUUUACGCUUUCAUCUGGCCAGUCAGUGCCAAUGAGUCGUUUUUAGGGGAAACACUAGUUCGAAAGAGGCCGAUUCAGAAUGUGUUGGACCACCAACCUAUAAAACAUACUACAUGUCACAAUUCUAUCUUGACAGGACCGAUAGAAACUACUAUGUGCGACUAUGAAACCAUUGAAAGUGUGAACGACGAAUUGUUCGCCAAUCUAUCAGACUUGGUCGAGAAACCCUUCUUCCGUUAUUUUCAGGUUGAUCUGUACAGAGAAUGCCCAUUCUGGCCGGACGACGGAUCCUGCAAUGACCCAGGGUGUGCUAUAACUACAGUUGACGAGAGCAACGUUCCGGAGAAAUGGAGAGCGAAAGCGUUGAGUGAGUUGGAUCCAGCGUCCGUGGACAAGCGACAUUCUCUACCUGGUUGCUAUUACCGCGACUCAGAUUUCUGUUUCCUCGAUGAUAAUACAGAAGGCGAAUAUUUCGACCUGCGACUUGUUCCAGAAAGAUACACAGGAUAUUCUGGAAAGGACGCUCAACGGGUGUGGAAAUCUAUUUACGAGGAAAACUGUUUCGGUCUCUCCGAGCUUGCCUUGAUGACGGGAAAGUCCCCCGCUCCAGUGUCUCUCCCUGAUACGAUGAUAGAGGUCCUUCACGAAGACGGAGAGGAAUCUGCUGCGCAAUGUCUGGAGAAACGCGUAUACUAUAAAGUAAUUUCAGGUCUCCAUGCGUCAAUUUCCACACACAUCUGUCAUGAAUAUCUGAAUCAGACGACUGGUGAAUGGCAUCCAAAUCUCAACUGUUUUAUAACGAGAGUAGCAUCUCACCCAGAGCGCCUUCAAUACAUCUAUUUCGAUACCAUUCUAUUGCUUCGAGCCGUUUCGAGGCUGGGUCCAUAUCUUUCUGCUUUUGAUUAUUGUUCGACGGGCACACAUGAAGACGAUAUGGAAACGUUACAAACUCUUACAAAGGUAUUGAAUAUUGCGGAAGAUGCAGGCGCGUUUGAUGAAAGUAUAUUGUUCCGAGGUGAAAACGCCAAUAUAUUGAAAGAAGAAUUCAAAACUCAUUUCCGCAAUGUCACACGUAUAAUGGAUUGUGUUGGGUGUGAUAAGUGUCGCCUAUGGGGUAAAAUACAAACGACUGGCCUAGCCACAGCGAUGAAGAUUCUGUUUGAACUUGAUGAAACCGCUUUGGACCCUCGAGCCAACUCUGAUCUCUUACAACGCUCAGAAGUUGUUGCCUUGAUGAAUACUUUGUUUAGAUUCAGUGAAAGUUUGAAGGCAGUGGAGACCUUCCGCAAACUAUGGCGAGAGAUGGAUGAUGCAGAAGCCGAAAAAAUUGUCAAACAAACCGAAGCAAUCACAGCUGCUCAUGCACAAGCACCUCAUAAAGCCAAUGUCAAUCACUCGAAAAAUUAUUUUGAUGCUGCCUGCGAACAGUCAAUAUAUGUCCUUCGGCAUUGCAAACAUAGUAUCGAGGAAAAUGUUACACAAGCUAUGACCGCACUGGGGAAUGCCUUCAGCGCGGUCCUAUCGGCAUUCCGUCCAUCAGAGAAGGGAAAGGGCCCUAGCUCGACAUACGGCGAUCUCUGA